CUGGAGGAAGCCACGCCCAGGGCCGAGGAGCGAGCAAGGCCAGCGCUGAGCCUUAGAGCCCGAGGAACGCCAGCCAGACCCCUCAGCUGGGGAAGGCGGGCUGCAAGGCUGACAGGGCGGAGGCAGGCGCCCGGCGGCAGAGCCCAGCUGCCAUCUGCAGGGCGCCCGCGCCUCUCUCUUUCUUUUUUGCUUUCUUUCCCAUCUUCUGUUUCAUAAUCACUUUCCUUCCUUCCUUCCUUCCUUCUCUCCCUCCUUUUCUUUCUUUCUUUCUUUCUUUCUUUCUUUCUUUCUUUCUUAUCUUUUGCUUCAUAAUCACUUUUCCACUUUCCUUCCUUCCUUCCCUCCCUCUCUCCCUCCUUUUCUUUCUUUCUUUCUUUCUUUCUUUCUUUCUUUCUUUCUUAUCUUUUGCUUCAUAAUCACUUUCCUUCCUUCCCUCCCUCUCUCCCUCCUUUCCUUCCUUCCUUCCUUUCUCCAUCUUCUCUUUCAUAAUCACUAGUCUGUCUUUCUUUCUUUCUUUCUUUCUUUCUUUCUUUCUUUCUUUCUUUCCCAUCUUCUGUUUCAUAAUCACUUUUCCACUUUCCUUUCUUCCUUCCUUCCCUCUCUCCUUUCCUUCCUUCCUCCAUCUUUUCUUUCAUAAUCACUAGUCUUUCUUUCUUUCUUUCUUUCUUUCUUUCUUCUCAUCUUGUUUCGUAAUCACUUUUCCACUUUCCUUUCUUCCUUCCCUCCUUUUCUUUCUUUCUUUCCUCUCUCUCUCUCUUUCUUAUCUUUUGUUUCAUAAUCACUUUUCCACCUUCCUUCCUUCCCUCUCUCCUUUCCUUCCUUCCUUCCUUUCUCCAUCUUCUCUUUCAUAAUCACUAGUCUUUCUUUCUUUCUCUUUCUUUCUUUCUCUUUCUUUCUUUCUCAUCUUGUUUCGUAAUCACUUUUCCACUUUCCUCCCUCCCUCCUUUCCUUCCCUCCUUUCCUUCCCUCCUUUCCUUCCUUCCUCCCUCCCUUCCUUUCUCCAUCUUCUGUUUUAUAACCACUCUUCCUUUUCCAUUAAUACCUGACUUUCCCUCCGUCUUUUAUUUGUUCCAUCACCAGUUAGAUUUCCUUCCUUCCCACGAUCAAUGUCAUCCGUUCAGUUUCUUUUCCUUCCUUCCAUUCCAGCAGUUCGGUCCCUUCUCUCCUCUCCCUUCCUUUUUUCUUCCAUCCCUUCCACUGCUGCCUCUCCUGGUCCUGCCCCUUGGCUGGCUUUAUUUCCUCCUUUCCCUCUCUGUUCCUUUGGUCUGAAGGAAAACCAACGGACAUCCCAAACAAACCGGCCACUUGGGUUUGGUCCAUGAAUCCAGCCUGCUAUGGAACCAGCCACCCCCUGACACGGCAUCUCCAAACAGCUCCUUCUUUCAUCAGCAGAAUGGUGAUCAGAGAGCAAUGUUGCAGAACACGGGCGCAUGCUGAGGAAGGAGGGCCUGCCUCGACGUGCCGCCUCGCCCGCCUCGUGUCCACUGCCUUCAGGAGAGCGCCCAAGGGCAGACGAUGGCCAUCAGGGAACUGGAGUCACAUCUCUUCGCAUAGGUGGCGGCUCAGAGAGAGAGAAAUGUUGGGGCAGACCCCGCUAGCCUGGUCCAACGCACCCCACGCCACAAGGAGCCUUGCCGUGCACUAUGGCAACAGCCUGGAGACUUUUGACUUGGACUCUGGUCUCCGCAGUGGCUAUCGGCAACUUUCCUGCGUACACUUUUCACUCUCAAGAGGAGUUCCUCUCCAGCUUGGACCACUAUGAGAUCGCCUUCGCCAUCCAGGUGGACCGAAACGGUGACUUCCUCACCUUCGACAUGACAAGCCAACGCAAACGGAGGUCCCGGCGCGGAGCCGGUCCGUUGCCCUACGAGCCGCCUGAGCAGCAGGUCUUCUACAAGGUAUCCGCCCACCGGACCCAGUUCCUCCUCAACCUGACGCUGCACGCCAAGCUCCUGGCUGAGCACUUCCGGGUGGAGUACUGGAAACGCGGCGGCGUCGACCAGCAACACGAGUUCCACGAGGACUGUCAUUACGCCGGCCACCUGCAAGACCAGUACCUGAGCUCCAAAGUCGCCAUCAGCAACUGCAACGGACUGCACGGCGUGAUCAUAGCAGAUGACGAGGAGUAUUUCAUCGAACCACUGAGCCCUGGUGCCAACAUUAGUGGUGAUGGAGAGAGUGAAGGAAGCCCCCAUGUGGUGUACAAGCGAUCCUCACUCCAGCACCCACACAUGGACGCUGCCUGUGGUGUGUUAGAUGAGAAGCCCUGGAAAGGCAGGCCGUGGUGGCUGCAGGCGCUAAACCCUUCCCCUCCGAAGACCCUCGCCAACCUGACACAACGAGGGCAGCUCCCGCUGAAGAGGUCAGUCAGCACGGAGCGUUACGUGGAGACCCUCGUGGUGGCCGACAAGAUGAUGGUGGGCUACCAUGGCCGGCGGGACAUCGAGCAGUACAUCUUGGCGAUCAUGAACAUUGUUGCUAAACUUUUCCAAGACUCAAGUCUGGGCAAUAUUGUGAACAUUCUCGUGACCCGUCUCAUCCUGCUGACCGAGGAUCAGCCUACAUUGGAGAUCAACCACCAUGCUGGGAAGUCCCUCGACAGCUUUUGCAAAUGGCAGAAAUCCAUCGUGAACCGCAACGGGAAUGGGAACGCCAUUCCAGAGAAUGGCAUCGCCAACCACGAUACCGCCGUUUUGAUCACGAGGUACGAUAUUUGCAUCUACAAAAAUAAACCAUGCGGCACUUUAGGGUUGGCUCCAGUCGGCGGGAUGUGUGAGCGCGAGAGAAGUUGCAGCAUCAAUGAAGAUCUGGGCUUGGCCACAGCCUUCACGAUCGCCCAUGAGAUCGGUCACACCUUCGGCAUGAACCACGAUGGAGUCGGAAACAGCUGUGGCUCUCGGGGGCAGGAGACGGCCAAGCUAAUGGCAGCCCACAUCACCAUGAAGACCAACCCCUUCGUGUGGUCCACGUGCAGCCGUGAUUAUAUAACCAGCUUCCUGGACUCCGGGAUGGGUCUGUGUCUGAACAAUCCUCCACCCAAGCAAGAUUUUGUCUACCCAACGGUGGCUCCGGGCCAGGCCUACGACGCGGACGAGCAGUGCCGUUUUCAGUACGGAGUCAAAUCUCGCCAGUGUAAAUAUGGGGAAGUUUGCAAUGAGUUGUGGUGUCUCAGCAAGAGCAACCGCUGCAUCACCAACAGCAUCCCAGCCGCAGAGGGGACCAUCUGCCAGACGAACACCAUCGACAAGGGGUGGUGUUACAAGAGGGAAUGUGUGCCAUUCGGCACCCGACCUGAGGGUGUGGACGGGGCAUGGGGGACCUGGUCAUCAUGGGGAGAGUGCAGCCGGACGUGUGGAGGAGGCGUCUCCUCGUCUGUCCGCCACUGUGACAGCCCACGGCCAACCAUCGGAGGGAAAUACUGUCUGGGCGAACGGAAGCGAUAUCGGUCUUGCAACACAGAUGACUGUCCCCCUGACUCUCAGGACUUCAGGGAGCUUCAGUGUGCAGAAUUUGACAACAUCCCCUUCCGAGGCAAAUAUUACACCUGGAAGACGUACCGAGGAGGAGGUGUCAAAUCCUGCUCGCUCAACUGCCUGGCCGAAGGUUUUAACUUCUACACAGAGAGGGCGGCAGCUGUGGUGGACGGCACCCCCUGCCGCCAGGACUCCAACGACAUCUGCGUUGCCGGCGAAUGCAAGCACGUGGGCUGUGAUCGAAUCCUGGGCUCAGACACCAAGGAGGACAAGUGCCGGGUGUGUGGGGGAGACGGGACCUCCUGCGAAACCAUCGAAGGACUCUUCAACCACUCUCUGCCAGACGGAGGCUAUGAGGAAGUGGUCUGGAUCCCCAAAGGAUCGGUGCAUAUUGACAUCCGGGAACUCAACUUUUCUCUAAAUUAUCUUGCUCUGAGAGGGGAGAAUGACGAAUACUUCAUCAAUGGGAAACUCUCCAUCGACCCUCCACGGCGCUUUGAUGUUGCUGGGACCACGUUCCACUACCGGCGCUCUCCGGACGAGCCGGAAUCACUGGAGGCCCUCGGUCCAACCAAUGUCACCCUCAUCGUCAUGGUUCUUGUGCGGGAACAGCUGCAGAGGAUUCGGUACAAGUUCAACGCACCCAUCACCCGAAGCUCCGUGACCCAGUAUUUAUGGCACUAUAUCUCGUGGACGAAAUGUUCGGCUCUUUGUGCUGGAGGCAGUCAAGUCCAGUCGGUUGUAUGCAAGAACCAAGCAGACAGCUCUACCGUCUUCAGCCAUUUCUGCAGCCCCGAAACCAAACUCCCGGAGAGGCAGAGGCUGUGUAACACUGAACCCUGCCCGCCCAACUGGGUGAUUGGGAACUGGUCCGAGUGCAGCCGCAGUUGCAACCAGGGAGUGCGCACCCGGAGCGUGACCUGCCGGCGCAAGGUCUCCGGCACUGAGGAGAAGACCCUGGACGACUCCUUCUGCAGCCUCCCGCGUCCCCGCGUGCUGGAACCCUGUAAUAACCAGACAUGCCCCCCCGAAUGGGCUGCCCUGGAUUGGUCCGAGUGCACUCCAAAUUGUGGGCCCGGCUUCCGCCACCGGAUUGUCCUGUGCAAAAGCGGCGACCACAGCUCGACCGUGCCGACCUCCCAGUGCCCCGAGAGCUCCAAGCCCCCCACCAGCAUGAGGUGCAGCCUCCGGCGCUGCCCGCCCCCACGAAACCGAUCUGGAGUCAGGAUAGAGAAGUGCUCGGGGCAGUGCAGCUUUGGCCAACAGAAGCGUUCGGUGCAAUGCGUCACCCACACAGGGCUGCCUUCUGGCGAGUGCGUGGAGACUCUGAAACCUGCCGCCACGCAGCAGUGCGAGAACACGUGUGACUCCAGACCCACAGAGAACCCUGAAGAAUGCAAAGAUGUGAACAAGGUCGCCUACUGCCCCUUGGUGCUGAAGUUCAAAUUCUGCAGCCGGCCCUACUUCCGACAGAUGUGCUGUAAAACCUGCCAGGGGCGUUAAACCAGGGCGGGCGUCCUCUCGGCACCGCGAGAAGACUGGAAGGCUCCCGCGAGGGGCAGCCGCCCCAUUCCCCCCCACCGCUGCCCCUUGCCACCUUCUCCCCUGGCAUCACCGAUGACUUCAAAACAAGCACCGCGAGCCGUGCCUCUGGUCCUUAGGAUGCAGCAUGAAACCACUGCAGAAGUGUGCACCCCGUCAGGGGUUGGGCAGUGGGGCACAGCAAAAAUGGGUGGUGUGCCGUGGGCAGAGGUGGGGAGAGCCGGUCCCGGUGCAGCUGAGUGCAUUACUUGAAACUCUGACAUUUUUAUUUAUUUUAGUAGCACAGCCGGGGACCGUGACCACCAGCCCUGCUACGGCCCGACUCUCACCCCCAGCCCCCACUGGGCUGAAAGGAGUCCAUGCAAGUCACCGGCAACCCAAAGUCACCCUUUUCAGAUCCUCUCCUCAUGGGAACGCCAGUUCUGUCCCCCAGAUCUUCCUGCACUCAUUGAGAUCCUCCUUUGGGGGUGUCAUGGACCUUAUGGGGAAAGGGGAUUUGGUUUUAAGAGUGGGAGGUGGGACGGAAAGAAAUUUUCCUAGCUGCAACAUAAUGGUGGAGGAGGGAGGAGGGGAAGUGGCAAUUCCUGUUCUUUCUGGAGGUUUUAAACCAAGAAAACACGUGUGGUAUGCGCACGUUUGAAGCUUUCCGGCAUAGGUAAGGAGACUCGUGGAUCUUCGGAAGUUUUGAAGCUCUGAAAUCAAAAGUACAACUUCCUCCACAUCUGAUGCACGCCAAAUAGGAGUGCCGGUGCUCUGGAGAGCCAAUGUGUUUAUGGAGCAUGAAUGCCAGCAGGCAAAGUUUUUUCCUCAUUUGCAUCCCAGAAGUUCGGCCAUGUCUUGAAAUUAGAUUUCCGGGGUGCACAUUUCGAUAUUUCCCCCCCCCCCCGUGGGUCCUCCCCUGCCUGUUAAGCCUCUCUGUUUCUGGAUAUCAAUAAUAAUUUGGUGCUAUUUUUGUCAUUGUUAUAACUCUAGCUUUGUUUUAUUUCUGAUGAAAAAGGUGGAGUUUUUCCUGUCUUGGAAGAUUCCCCAUUUAUUUGGAUGAUGGAUGAUGUAAAGAUAUAUCUACCAGGGAUGAUUUUUGUGGAGUGAUAUCACAAAGACGUACAUGUGGCGGAAACCUUGAAUUAUUGUCUUUGCUGCUUUUUCAGGGAUGUUCCUUCCCAAGGGGAUUCUGGCUUGGUUCCUGUUUGCUGGGUCUUACCUGGAAAAUGUCCCUCAAAGAUCAGCUGUUAGGGUUCAAAUCCCUUUCCCCCUCUCUUCAAAAUGCCCCCUGACCACUCACAUGUCUAUGAAUGUUGCUAGUUCCUUUGGAACAAUUUUCACUUCCCUCGGAAUUUCACCUGAGGAAGAAACACGAAAUCUGGUUUGAAUUUCACUUUAGGUGCUACCCAGCGACAAUCUAGAAAUGUAGCCGAUUGUCUCCCGGCCAUGCAUCUAUUAAGCAUCGAAAAUUCUUUGGCUUCUCUUGUGUUUCUUUGGAUGUUCUGCCUGAGAAGGAAACCUUCAAAGCCACUUUAAAUUUCCCUUUAGGCGGAAUUUCGGUCUUGGUUCUCCUCUUGAUACAGCUGUCGGGCAAGGAGACAAGUUUCUAGAUAAUCUCUCAAUGGAUUUUCUUGAUCAGCUAGCAAAAGAUAGUUUAGAUUUUUCUUUUCCUGCUCAGACAGAACGCCCUGUGCCGCAUGCUUACAGACAGCCAACGGGGACCGUUUUCACCAUUUCAUAUAUAAAUAUAUACAGAUAUAUUGUAAUAAUGUUAUUAUAGAAAUUUGUUUAAAAUCCUUUGUCCAUGAUAUGAGAGAGAGAGUGAGAGUGAGAGAGAGAGAUUACAGCAUGACUUUACAAUAAAGAAAUCCUUACCCUCCCA